GCCGCAGUCGAGACCAGCAUCACCACCAUACGGUCAUCGCCCCCAUUAAUCCAUCCUCUGCAACAGGAGCAACCGUUUCAUUGCCUUUUUGGAUUUUUCUACUUCUUCUGGGUUUCAAAGCAAUCGCAAGAAACCCUUGGAUUGUGGUCGUUUUCUAGUGAGGUUGCGGCCAGGUGCCGCUGAGCUACAGUCAUGGCACUCAACGCUUCGGUGAACGUGCCGAAUAUACAUUCUGCUACUUCCGAGCUAUGGUCAGCGGUGAACUCUCAAUGGCGCUGUGUCCAUACCGUCUAUAGACCCCCUCAAGCCCGCGGAGAGCAUACUAAAGCAUCGCCGGUAUCGGUAAGGGUUUAUAGCUAUCGCUCUCGGUGCGUGCUCUUCACUAAAUGGAUAAUCCAGGUCGAACGUCUUUCACUCCCAGAAGCAUUACAAUCAGUACCUCUCGACAAGAUGAGGUCGCAACUCGUGCUAGGCCAGGUAUAUCGGCGGUCGACAUUCGGGCAAAACACGUUAAAAACAGCGAGCUUGCUCGUUCGCGCCAGUCACUCCGCUCAAUCUACCCGGAACUACUCGUCGCUAUCAAGCAUUGGCCUGAAGGGUUUCCGAAGACCGAAUGUUUUCUCAGUUCCGAGGGUCGAGCAACAUAGGUCAUUCUUCGGAGGACUAUCGCAGAACUUCCUCGCGCAGAAGGAAAGGGCAGCUAAUAGCAAUCCCGGCAGUGCUAAUGCACAGAACACGUUCUACCAAGCUCUACUGCGUGCAAACAUGCCUGCUAUAGUCGUCGAACGUUAUCGGACCGGUCAAUUCGCCAACAACGCAGCUACCGAGGCCAUUUAUCUCAAGGCUCUCCAACGACUUGGGAGUGAUGGCGCAGUACAAGGAGCAUUCACAGGUGGUACCCAGUCACUAAACCCUGAGCAGUUACAGUCUGUUGGACAGGCGGUGGCAGCUCGCGCUCACGGUAGUCAGGUCGGCGUGUCAACGAAGCAAGCAGGAACUGGCGCAAAAGAGUCCCCGUUGUAUGUCGUUGUCGAGGAAUCUCUUGGCAGCUCUGUCUUUCGCUGGGUGAAAUUCCUUCUAUACUUUGGCUUCUUCACUUAUUUGUCUCUUGUCCUGAUUACCAUCCUGGUUGAAACGACUGGCGUUCUGAAGAAUGUCCGUGGUACUCAAACCAAUGAAGCUACGCCACAACAGCAGAAGGUUCGGUUUAGUGACGUUCAUGGUUGUGAUGAAGCCAAGGAUGAACUUCAAGAGCUGGUUGAAUUCUUGCUGAACCCCGACCGAUUUUCUACCUUGGGUGGCAAACUGCCUAAGGGUGUUCUCUUGGUUGGUCCUCCCGGUACCGGAAAGACGCUUCUCGCACGUGCCGUCGCCGGGGAGGCUGGCGUACCUUUCUUUUACAUGUCUGGAUCCGAAUUUGACGAAGUUUAUGUCGGUGUUGGUGCCAAGCGUGUGCGAGAUCUCUUCGCUCAAGCUCGUGCCAAGGCCCCAGCCAUCAUUUUCAUUGACGAGUUGGAUGCCAUAGGUGCUAAGCGAAACGAACGUGAUGCAGCGUAUGUCAAGCAAACAUUGAACCAGCUUCUCACCGAAUUGGACGGUUUCUCUCAAACUAGUGGUGUGAUCAUUCUCGCAGCAACGAACUAUCCUCAGCUCCUUGAUAAAGCUUUGACCCGUCCUGGUCGAUUUGAUCGCCGAGUUGUCGUUGGUCUUCCUGAUGUCAGAGGCCGCAUGGAUAUUCUUAAGCAUCACAUGAAGGGCGUACAGGUCAGCACUGAUGUUGAUGUUGCGGUCAUUGCACGUGGCACUCCUGGUUUCUCUGGUGCUGAUUUGGAGAACCUCGUCAACCAAGCAGCUGUUCAUGCCAGCCGAUACAGACAGGACAGGGUAGGACCAAAGGACUUUGAUUGGGCCAAGGAUAAGAUCAUGAUGGGUGCAGAGGCUCGAAGUCGUAUUAUCCAAGAUAAAGACAAACUGCUCACUGCUUAUCAUGAAGCCGGUCAUGCUCUUGUUGCUUACUUUUCUCCGUCUGCUACUCCUCUUUAUAAGAUUACCAUCGUCCCUCGAGGCAUGGCGUUGGGUAUCACUCAUUUCUUGCCUGAAAUGGACAUGGUUUCAAGGAAUUACGUUGAGUAUUUAUCAGACAUAGAUGUUGCUAUGGGUGGCAAGGCUGCUGAGGAAUUGAUUUUUGGCCCUGAUAAGGUGACAAGUGGUAUUUCAGCGGAUAUUCAAUCUGCUACCGAGACAGCGUUCACACUCGUAACGCAGUUCGGUUAUUCCAAGAAGCUUGGAAACGUCGACCUAUCCACAAACUACGACAAGUUAUCGUCAGAGACCAAACAAGAAGUCGAAGCCGAAACCAGACGUCUGGUUGAAGAAGGUCGACUUCGCGCUACCAAGAUCCUGACCGAAAAACGGCAAGAAUUGGAGUUGCUCACGAAAGCGCUAUUAGAGUACGAAACGCUUACCAAGGAGGAAAUGGAGAAGGUUCUCAAGGGCGAGAAACUCGACAAGAUGCAGUCUACGCCAUCGGCACCGCUUAAGCUGCCUGAAGCGCUGGCUGCAGCGAGAUUGAAUCCAAUAACCCAAGUUCCGGAAGCAGAAACGACGGCGAAAUAAUCGUUCAUUGCAUAUUCUGAUUUAUCAUAACCUCGUCGUCCAUUCAUAUAAAAGAAUGUCGAAUUGUUUAUGGUUUCCUUUUCAUAGUGUCUUAUCAUAUGUACAACUCUUUACAUAUAAUUUCUACCAGAAAAUUACUACCUUUCCCAUCACCUCUCAACUAUCUCUACCAUUUCCUUUCUCUACAUCACAACACAAUACUUUCUCGCAUGACAAAUAUGACCUGUGGCCCACCAACUUAUUGUCUAGAACUCCACCAACUAUUGACCGAACCGGAGACAAUCUAUUUGAAACCGAACGACAUGGGGAAGGCAACCUAGUGGAUCAGUCAAUUAUGUAUGUCAGACUGUGUGUCAAUUGGCACUGCGUAUUAUCUACCUGCCGAUUUGGGUUACCAUUGCAUCGGCAGGACAGUACAUUGACUUGCAGCGGUGAAAGAAAGGGUAAAAUGAUAAGUCUCAUUUCUAUUCCAAAGAUAUAAUUAGAUACGUGGGAUAUGCAGGUAUGAUUUCCUUUGGCCCUUCUGCCCGCAUAGAAGAAGGGAGGGGGAUUAAGUUAUACGGAAAUCUUACAAGUUACUUGUAAAUGAGUACCGGCUAUUGGGGAUGGAGGUUCCGCGGGAUUUCCCGAGGAUUUUGAUGCCUAUCUAGUAUGUAGUUUGAGUUAAGCUAUGAAACGGCGUCUAUAUAUCUAGACAGUUUAAUUGAUUUAACUUUCUGAAG